AUGUCUACCCUAAGCGGACCUUCUACACUUGGUCGAAUGGGGAAUGGAGGACGUUUUACCUCCAAUGAUGCCAUUGAUGUGCGAAAUCUUUCUUUUGGACACGAAUCCUCGAGCCCUCAGAACUCAAUUACCCAUUACGGUUCUUCCGACGCGGCUGAAACAUCCCGACAUGGAAAGUUGCAGGCCUUGUCUGGUGAAGGGGCUGAGCACUCGGCGAGUAAGGCCCAGAAACAGAAGCUAGAUCAUAUUAAAGUUGAACCUUUGAACGGACAAACAUCGGAUCUUGACAGAAUACUGGCAAAGAUUUCCCCCAAAACAAUCGCCCUUCAACGUUCUGAAACCGAUCGCUCUUCUGGUUCGUCUCAGAUCACUCCAGCCACAACGGUGCCAGCUUUAACCCUCACUGAAACCACGAAUCCUUACCCCCAGGAAGACAGAACGGUAGAGCUGCUUCGCCUUAAGCAGGAACUCCUUGCUGCAAAUUCCAAGAUUGCUCUACAGGAGCAAGAGCUUGCCCAAACCCGUGUGAUAAAACAUACCUUGGAUCAAGCCCUUGGUCCGUCAUCAGAGGCCGAUUUCGGCAGCCGCGAAAUUACAGAGCAGACCAUUAGUCACCUACAGAAUGCUUUUAACGCAUCGAGCUCAGCAUUUGCUCAGUUUCAAGAUGCGUGGGGUGCCCAAGACGAUUCGCAAUCUGAUGUCUCAGAUCCAUUGUCUACAGGAGCUUACAACAGAUCUCGCGCGCUCUGGGCCCAAAAUGAGACUCCCACAGACAGAGAAUACGGAGAGAGCCUUUCAGGUACUAGCAGCUCCACAAGCCAGGACCCAAAUCGGUUCUGGGGAGUGUCCAAUGUGUAUCCUCCGUUUGUCGGUCCAUCGUCUCUGCAAUCACAAAGACCACACUCAGGGUCCUCAGCUAGUUCAUGUGGAUUUUACUCACGUCCCAUUGGUGAACAGAUGUUGUACCCCCCAGGACCCAUCACGGGGGCUCGUCGCUCCACCACUCAAAGCAGUAGGGGUGGAUCUCUAUUUUCAAUCCAGUCUACUCCUUGGGGUGAAUUUGCCUCUGGGACCUCCAGUGAGCAGACCACCAAGUCACCUGCUUCGCCGAAGAGACCUCCCAGCGCCUUUCAGCAGGUCGGGCUUUACUCUGUACCCUCUUACCCCCCUCGACCGAUUGGCAGCCCCCUCUCACCUACUGCUACCGAGUUUACAGGUACCAGCACGAAUGAAACCUCAUGGACCAACUCAAUGAGCGGCAAUUCCAUCCAGACGUACGUGUCGCCACUCGAACCACUCAACUACCGACGCCUGCUCGACAAGAAUGUGUCGUGUGAUUGGAAGUACAUUGUAGAUAAGAUCAUCUGCAACAACGACCAACAAGCUUCAAUUUUCUUACAACAAAAGCUCAAGGUCGGCACAACUGAGCAAAAAUACGACAUUAUCGAGUCAAUUGUGCAUCAAGCCUACCCACUCAUGGUCAACCGCUUUGGAAACUUUCUCAUACAGCGCUGCUUCGAACAUGGAACUCCGGAGCAAGUCGUCGCCAUCGCCAAAGCUAUCAGAGGCAACACGCUAAACCUCAGCAUGGAUGCGUUUGGCUGCCAUGUGGUCCAAAAGGCGUUUGACUGCGUUUCAGAGGAACAUAAAGCUAUCAUGGUACAUGAACUUCUCCGCAGAAUUCCGGAGACGGUGGUCCAUCGAUAUGCCUGCCACGUUUGGCAGAAACUCUUUGAGCUCCGGUGGAGUGGUGAGCCUCCGCAGGUGAUGGCCAAAGUAAAUGAGGCAUUACGUGGAAUGUGGCAUGAGGUUGCUCUUGGAGAGACAGGAAGCCUGGUCGUCCAAAACAUCUUUGAGAAUUGUGUGGAGGAGGAAAAGCGACCGGCAAUUGAAGAAGUACUGGCGAAUAUUGAUGUACUCGCUCAUGGUCAAUUCGGGAAUUGGUGCAUUCAACACAUCUGCGAGCACGGUGCUCCCCACGACAAGAGCCGUGCUGUUGAGCAUGUUCUUCGCUGGGCUGUGGAUUACAGCAUGGAUCAGUUCGCAUCUAAGAUUGUGGAAAAAUGCCUCAAGAUUGGCGGCACGGAGUUCAUGGAUCAUUAUCUCUCUCGUGUCUGCACUGGCCGAUCUGACCGACCUCGCAUGCCGUUGAUCGAUAUAGCGGGUGACCAGUAUGGGAACUAUCUCAUCCAAUGGAUUUUGAUGAACGCCGCGCCUCAUCAACGAGAGCUCGUGGCCAGUCACAUUCGGAAACAUAUGGUCUCCCUUCGUGGCUCCAAAUUUGGCUCUCGUGUGGCUAUGCUUUGCUGCAACCCGUCUCACACUACACGCCCUGGUCCUGGGGCUGGAAUGCAAAUCAGCCGUUUCAACAAUUUCAAUGAAGAAAAAUUUACCACCACGAGCCAGUCCGGUGGUCGCUUUGGCCGCGGACAUCAAUGGGGACCCCAUUAUGCGCCACUUCGUUGA